AGUGUCGGCGGCUGCGGCGGGUCGCGCGACUCCGGCCCGUCUCAGGGGGCGGGCGGACGGGGGAAGCUAGGCGCGCGAGCAGGGCGCGGGACACGAUGUCCGACGCGGGCGGCGGGAAGAAGCCGCCUGUGGAGCCGCAGGCAGGGCAGGGGCGCGCAGCUGGGGAACGGGGCCUGCCCGGCUCCUUCCCUUUGGUCCUGAAGAAGCUGAUGGAAAACCCCCCGCGCGAGGCGCGCCUCGAUAAGGAAAAGGGGAAGGAAAAGCUGGAGGAGGAUGAGGCAGCAGCAGCCAGUACUAUGGCUGUCUCGGCCUCCCUCAUGCCGCCCAUCUGGGACAAGACCAUCCCUUAUGAUGGCGAGUCUUUCCACCUGGAAUACAUGGACCUGGACGAGUUUCUGCUGGAGAAUGGCAUCCCUGCCAGCCCCACCCAGUUGGCCCAGAACCUCCUGCUUCCAGUGGCUGAGCUAGAGGGGAAGGAGUCUGCCAGCUCUUCCACCGCCUCCCCGCCAUCCUCCUCUGCUGCCGUCUUCCAGCCUUCCGAAACGGUAUCUAGCACAGAAUCUUCCCUAGAAAAGGAGAGGGAAACUCCGAGUCCCAUCGACCCCAACUGUGUAGAAGUGGAUGUGAACUUCAACCCUGAUCCUGCUGACCUGGUCCUAUCCAGUGUUCCAGGUGGGGAGCUCUUCAACCCUAGGAAGCACAAGUUUGCAGAGGAGGACCUGAAGCCCCAGCCCAUGAUCAAAAAGGCCAAGAAGGUCUUUGUCCCUGAUGAACAGAAGGAUGAAAAGUACUGGACAAGACGCAAGAAGAACAAUGUGGCAGCCAAGCGGUCACGGGAUGCCCGGCGCCUGAAGGAGAACCAGAUCACCAUCCGGGCGGCCUUCCUGGAAAAGGAGAACACGGCCCUGAGGACGGAGGUGGCAGAGCUACGCAAGGAGGUGGGCAAGUGCAAGACCAUCGUGUCCAAGUAUGAGACCAAGUAUGGGCCCUUGUAACCCGUGCCCCUGCCCGGGCGGGGCACUCCCUGCCCCUCAGACCUCUGCCUGGGGAUCCCAGAACCCCACACAUGCGUGGAGACUUAGGACUCGUCGUGGGUGCACAGCGGCUCCCGUGCUCCAGGUGUGUUCACGUCUCAGCUUCAUUAUAACCUGGCCAGCGCACAAGGCGACCUCCCGGGGGCAGCCUCCCCUAAUGGGGAACAUGAAAGAAUCUACAUAGAGAAGAACACCCCACAUUUCUGUUCCUGGAUGUCCUGGUUGCAUCAGAAGGGACCUCUGGAGGAUACAUCUCCUUCACGGGAUGGUCAGGCUUCCCCGACUCCCCUUGGUCUCUAGUCCAGGCUGCCGAGGCCAUCUCUGCAGAAUGAGUCAUGGUCAUUGUCACCCUUAUGUCUUCUCAGGUAGCAGGUGCAUUUCCACUUGGGGUGUGUCUGUCACACACCUCUCCCUCUCUGGAAAGUCUGAGAAAUGUCCAUUUCCAUCUCCUUGGAGGCAGAAAGACACACCAGCUCCACUAUUAAGUAUGUGCAGGGCAGGGCAGCAGGCCUGGGGCAGGGGGACCCGGGUUGGAGUCUAGGUCUGGGCCUACAGCAGAAAUCGCCACACAUUCUCAGCCCUGCACCCUCUUUGUCUUUUGACUCUGACCUGGGCUUGGGGAGCCAGUCAGGAGGCCUGGGGAUGGACUCUAUCUGGCCUGCUGUAGAGGGCUAUUCCCAGGGUGCUGGUUCCUGGGCCCUGGUGGCCCAUGCAGGAGGAGGCCUUUGUAUCUCCUCUCCGGGCCCAUCCUGGAGGCCAUCUGAAUUUCUUUUGUCCCAUUCAGUGGCCUCUAGGCUGCCAUUUCUCUUCACCCAGUAACCAUUCUUAGAUCUUGGAUUUAAAAGGAAAACCUUCCUCGUUAGGAAGUUUUAAUUUCCUGGACUCAGCGUGCAGCUUCCGCAUGGUGUUUGGAAAACUGGCUGCCAUAGCCUCUUCUGGUGUGGGCACGAGCAUGGGGCUUGUUUCUUGACAAACCCCUUUGUUUUCUUGCUCUGCUCACCAGUGUGGCCUAGGCCAGAGUCUCUUCUCCCUGAGGGCAGGUCUGUCCUCUGUGUUCUUGAUCAGAUUCCUCCUGCCUGAUGCCCAGAGGUGUCUGCAGGACAGGACACCUGGGCAGGAGCCACUGAGGUGAUAGUGUGACUCUCACAGAGUAACAGGAUCUGGGACGUCCUCAAGGGGCUAGGCUCUCCCCUCAGUCUUGGCCAGGAGUCAGGGGCCAUCCACACAAGCCUGGCCAAGUGCAGAUCAAAGUUUGGAUCUGGGACUUCACCACCACAUGGCUGCCUCUCUGCGUGCAGCUGGACCAUCUUUUUGCUCCUCCCAGAAAAUGACUUGAGGAGAGUCAUGGAACCCUUUCUCUUUUGGGUCAGCUGGGGCACUCCUGAUGGCUGUUACUUGCUCAAGGCGGGCAAUCUGUGAAGAAGAGGCAGAGGUGGUAACAAGUGCGCUUUGUCAUACUUAACACUGGCUUUAUUUAAGGUAGUGGCUCAGUCCUGGGGCCCAAAUCUAAAGACUUCUGACAGAUGUUAAGAUUAGAGGCAGCAUCUCUAGCCCUGGACUGCACCCCAGGGAUGCCAUGGCCUCCUCUGGGACCUGCACAUUCUCCUCUCGGGAGCCUUGACAAGGGUCCUGGAGGCUAAGGGAGGGCUGGCCCCCCCUCCCACUAGGCACCUGACUUUUACUUCGUGGUUCUCUAGAAACCAUGUGCACACUUUUCACUCUGUGGUGAUGACACAGGGCCAUUGCAUCCAGCAUGUCAGUGUCCUGCCCGGGCCACUAGCACGCCUGCCCGGCGUUCACCCUCUGGCCUGGCUGCUCGCCAAGAGGGAGUUCUCAUUCUGUUAUUGGUGGACAAGCCUUGAGCUGGAAAGCUCUUCAAUUUAUUUUUGGCUAGAAAGUAAUGUUUGUGUUUUUCUAGUUUUAUGUUUUUUAAGGAUGGACACCUAUUCUGUCCCAACCCCAGUGGAUGGGAUGGGGACUUGACAUCUCUCCACAUCCCUCCUCUGCCUGUGCGACUCGCUGCCUCCUCCCAGGAACAUGGGGUCUGGUUCCUUCCCAAAGUGUUUGCUAGGAAAGAGUGCAGCUGCUGGGCUCUCAAGAGUCCCUUGAUUAAUCUGGCAAGGACAGGAAGGAGCAUGACCACAGGUUGACAUUCUGGGUCCCUUCCCCUGAGCUAGGCCUUGCAGAAAGACUUGGUGCCUGCUCAGUGUCUUGAAGAUGGAGCUGACAGCCAAAGACAGAGGCCCCUGUGCACAGGUCUUUGACAUCUUCUUAAGCGUGCCAGUAUGGAGGAGCUGCUCACGCCAGCCUUUUGGUGGGCUGGCCUGGGGCUGGGGCGAGCUGUCCACACCUUGUCUUCAGUUUUGUGGCAGCCUUAUCGCAGUCUUGAAUCAGACAAAUCAUAAAUGAGCUAAAAUAUUUCAAGAAUGUACAUAUAAGAAAUGCCUAUCCAGAUAUAGAAAUCCUUCUGUUUAGGGAGAGCCAGCAGCCUAGGGAGGACCAGGGUAAUCGUGCCCUGGCCAGAGGACGAGCUCUGCCACGUGACUCCUGAGGCCUGGGAAGGAUGGCAGGUUGGUGACAGGCAUGGGCAGGCUCCUUUGUGCCAGCUGAGUGGCUGUCCACACAACCCUUGAUACAGAGGGCCAUGGAGCUUCCCGUUUUCAUGGAAGAGCUCCACCCUAGCUCCUGUAACAUCUGUUCAUAAGUGCAAUAAAUUUUUCUAGAAAAUGGUGAAGAUGACUCCAGGUGGAGAAUGCUGUCUUUUGGUGUUGGGGAUGCCAGAACACCACUUGGUUUUAUUUUUCUAAGUGCAUGUGACAAGAGUGUGUGGGGCUCUGCAUCCUCCCUUGGGAGCUGGCACCCCAGCAUGCCCCUCCCCUGUACCGUGUGUGUUGGGGAAGGAGGAAAGAGAAGAUCCCUUCUCAGCUGGAGAGGGGCACAAGCAGACUCAGCCCAUUGGCCUUAUGUGCGUGUGCGUGUGUAUGUGUGCGCAUGUGCGCGCGACUGUGUGUCUGCUGGUGGGCCGGAGUGAUGAUGUGGGGAGCGAAGCCGGGAAUGUAUCCUUUUCAAAAUUAAAUAUUUUGAGA